AUGGUUAUGCCAAAGUUAUACGCAGCUUCUUCUCGUACUGCAUUGCAAGCUGCUAGACGUUUUGCUCCUUUAGUUUCCUCCAGAGGUAUGGCUUCCGCUGCUCCUUUGGUUGGUAAGGUUAGAGCUGUCAUUGGUGCUAUUGUCGAUGUUCAAUUCGAACAAGAAAACUUACCUGCCAUCUUAAACGCUUUAGAAAUUCAAACUCCAAACGGUAAAUUGGUUUUGGAAGUCUCUCAACAUUUGGGUGAAAAUACCGUUAGAACUAUUGCUAUGGAUGGUACUGAAGGUUUAGUCCGUGGUGAAAACGUUAUUGACACCGGUGCCCCAAUCUCCGUUCCUGUCGGUAGAGAAACUCUAGGUAGAAUUAUUAAUGUCAUUGGUGAACCAAUUGAUGAAAGAGGUCCAAUUAAAUCUAAAUUGAGAAAACCAAUUCAUGCUGAACCUCCUUCUUUUGUUGAACAAUCUACUGAAGCUGAAGUUUUGGAAACUGGUAUUAAAGUUGUCGAUUUAUUGGCUCCAUAUGCUAGAGGUGGUAAGAUUGGUUUAUUCGGUGGUGCCGGUGUCGGUAAAACCGUCUUUAUCCAAGAAUUGAUUAACAACAUCGCUAAGGCUCAUGGUGGUUUCUCUGUCUUCACUGGUGUCGGUGAAAGAACCAGAGAAGGUAACGAUUUGUACCGUGAAAUGAGAGAAACUGGUGUUAUUAACUUAGAAGGUGACUCUAAGGUCGCUUUGGUCUUCGGUCAAAUGAACGAACCACCUGGUGCCAGAGCUAGAGUUGCUUUAACUGGUUUGACUAUUGCUGAAUACUUCAGAGAUGAAGAAGGUCAGGAUGUCUUGUUAUUUAUCGAUAAUAUUUUCAGAUUCACCCAAGCCGGUUCAGAAGUCUCUGCUUUGUUAGGUCGUAUUCCAUCUGCUGUCGGUUAUCAACCAACUUUGGCCACCGAUAUGGGUUUAUUACAAGAAAGAAUUACUACUACUAAGAAGGGUUCUGUCACAUCUGUUCAAGCCGUUUACGUCCCAGCCGAUGAUUUAACAGAUCCUGCUCCAGCUACUACUUUCGCGCAUUUGGAUGCUACUACUGUCUUGUCCAGAGGUAUCUCCGAAUUGGGUAUCUACCCAGCUGUCGAUCCAUUGGAUUCUAAAUCUAGAUUGUUGGAUGCUGCUGUUGUUGGUCAAGAACAUUACGACGUUGCAACUAGAGUCCAAGAAACUUUGCAAGCUUACAAAUCCUUACAAGAUAUUAUUGCUAUUUUGGGUAUGGAUGAAUUGUCUGAACAAGAUAAGAUCACCGUCGAAAGAGCAAGAAAGAUUCAAAGAUUCUUGUCUCAACCAUUUGCUGUCGCCGAAGUUUUCACCGGUAUUCCAGGUAAGUUAGUCAGAUUAAAGGAUACUAUCUCUUCUUUCAAGGCCGUCUUAGAAGGUAAAUACGAUCACUUGCCGGAAAAUGCGUUCUAUAUGGUUGGUGGUAUUGAAGACGUUGUUGCCAAGGCUGAAAAAUUAGCUGCCGAAGCUAAAUAA